AUGUGGGAUGCAGAUUUGGCCGACGUGCCUAACAUCAAGGAGAAUAACGACGGUGUGUGCUUUUUAUUCGUCGUCAUCGAUCAUUUUCCUGGUAUGCUUGAGAAAAGUCUCUUAAAAACAAGAAAGUCAACACCGUUUUGGAAGCUUUUAAUGAAGUAUUUGCCGAAAGAAAAUCAGAACUCGUCAGGUUACAGGACCUCAGUAGAAACAGUAGAAAACAUUCGAGGCUGCGCGGUUUCGCCCCAAGGACGGAAUAUCUCCCAAACCUACGACUGUAUCGCCUUGGAAUACACCAUCGAUCUACAUCGAACCCGCCAAGAUGAUCAACCAAUCUCUACUUCCAUUGCAGAAGCUCAGAUGGGUGCCACACCUUUCUUUGUUACCAGUUUAGUGCUAGCCUUGUGCUCCGGUGUGUUUAGUGUGUUGGGCACCCUGCAGCGCAAUGUCAAGGCCAUUAUCUCCGCUGUGCUCUCCAUACUUCAAGGUCUGUGUAUGGCAGUGGGUAUCAUAUUGUACAUCACAUUCAUUAACGAUGAGGCUUCCCACGCCAAACCUGACGGCGGACAUUUUCAGUACCAGUACAGCUGGUCCAUUAUCUUGGUAGGACUAGCCUUUCUCGCCUCACAGUCCACUGCUAUCGUGUGCGUCACGCUCUACCUCAAGCGUAACGCGAAGAAGGAGGAUAUGGUGAAAAUUAUCCCUGGCUUGGAAGACAAGGUCAAGGACGAACCAGAAAACGUGGGCGUAACCAAUUACUCCACCCCUAUCUUCUAA